CCCUUCUCACUUGGUUAUUGGGUUUGUUUCUCUUUCUCAGUUCAUCAGAUAUCUGAGAUCAUGUCAGGGUCAGUGACAGAAAUUGGAGGGCUAAGAGCCUACGCCACUGGUUCUUCUGAUUCCAGCCUCUCCCUUCUCCUUGCUUCUGACGUUUUGGGUACCCACAAACCCAUCUUCCCCACUAGUUUUGUUCUUCUCUUUUCCUGGAAUGGCUACUUCAUUGAUUUCAGUUCACUUAUUGCUCAUCACUUCUUUGUUGCAGGCUAUGAAACUCCAAAUCUGAGGAAACUGGCUGACAAGGUUGCAGCAGCAGGGUUCUACGUCGUGGUUCCAGACUUCUUCCAUGGGGAUCCGUACGUUCCAGGGUCUGAAAUGCCUGUUUCAGUCUGGAAGGAAGCACACAGACCAGAGAAAGGCGUUGAAGAUGCUAAACAAGUGAUUGCUGCACUGAGAAGCAGCAGAGGCAUGUCUGCAGUUGGAGCUGCAGGUUUUUGCUGGGGUGGUAAGGUGGUUGUGGAACUGGCCAAGUCUGAUGUCAUUCAAGCUGCAGUGUUGCUGCACCCAUCCCAGGUCACCGUGGAUGACAUCAAGGAUGUGAAGAAACCAAUUGCAGUUCUGGGUGCUGAAAUCGACAAGUUUUCUCCACCUGAGCUUCUCAGGCAAUUUGAACAAGUUCUGUCAACCAAACCCGAGGUUGAAGGAUAUGUGAAGAUAUUUGGAGGGGUUGCUCAUGGAUGGACUACCAAGUACAAAGAUGAAGAUGAGGCAUCCGUCAGGAAUGCUGAGGAAGCCCGUCAAAACAUGCUCGACUGGUUCAUCAAAUUCGUUAACUGAAGAAAGAAGGUUUUUGCUCUGAUGGAGAGAAUAAAAAACCAAACAAAAUGCAGAUUAUCACACAGGUUCCAUGUAAUAGCAGAAAUGUUAAAAACAAUCAUGGUGCUCCCAUGCCUCGUCUCUGUUUAUGUAACUUCCCACUUUGCCUUCCAUAGAAAGCAACAUUUUGAUUGUUAAGAGAGCUUUGUAUAGAGGUU